CCUGGCUGCACACCUGAGCCGCAGGGCAGAAAGACAACAGGUAGGAGUGCGGAACUGGCGGCGCGUCAGGAGGACCCCCCCCGAAGAUCUCCAGGUGUUCUUGUUUUUGAUGAAGGUCUGUUGAAGGAGGAGUUCGGGUCCGGACCGCCUGAAGACCUCGUCGGCCUGGUUCUCCUCAGACAGCAGCUGCGUGGAGCGACGGGCGGGAAAAGGCGGGUCACGGAUCUCCUCGCGCGUCCUCUCCAAACGUUUCCGGUGGCAGGUCGUCCUGAAGACCUCCGGGAGGAGGAGACCUCCUGUUUGGCAGGAGCAGACAGCAUGGGCGAGGCCCCCCUGGCAGAAGACGGUGCGGUGACCCGCUCCGCAGAGUACGUGGGCUCGUUCCCCGUGGAGGACUGCGCCCUGGACGAGCAGAUGGAGCAGCUGGACCUGCAGCUCAGGUCCCUGAAGUCAUGCAGGAGGAGGAGGAGAACCGUGGCCCUGAGGUUCUCUGUCAAAGGUGUGAAGAUGUACAACGAGGACGAAACGACCCUCCUGAUGGCCCACGCUCUGCACCGAGUGUCCCUGUCCACCGCCCGGCCCGCCGACGCCCAGUUUGCCUUCGUCUCCCAUAACCCGGGCAGCACCGACGCCCAGCUCUACUGCCACGUUUUCAGAGCAAGGCAUGCCCGAGCAGCUCAGUUCCUGAACCUGCUGCUGUGCCGCUGUUUCCAGCUGUCUUACCUGGAGAAGCACCCAGAGGAGGCCCAGGAGGAGUCCGGUGGGUCGGCGCCGCAGCACAACCCGUCCCUGCUCAACCACGGCUUCCCUCUGAGCGUCAGCGCGCUGGUUUCCUUCAGAAGAGCCCCUUUUCAGGGCUUCUUCCUGGGGUCAAAGAAAACAAAGAAAGCCGCUGACGGCUCGCACAGCUGCAAAGACGACGUCUUCAGCACUUCUUCUCCGUCUCUGAUGAGGAAGAACGUCAUCCGCAGCAAAAACCUGCAGUCCGGCGCUUACCGCUCCUUCACCUUCACGCCGCUCAAACAGCGCGGCUUUCAAGAGCACCUGAGUCUGUCACAAGGAAAGGAUCAAAACAAGAAAGUGGCGAGGAGAGCCCGCGCCCCGAGCUUAGCAGAAACGGAAGAAGCGCUGGCUCAGGCCGUGUGGUGCUGGGCCGGAAUCGCGACUGACAGCAGCUACUCCCUCCUCGCCGAUGACGUUCUGGGAUCCUACCUUCUGUGCUCGCAUCCCAAAAAGCCCAAAUCCAAGUGUCUGUUCGUUCGCUUUCCCACCGGAAUGUCCACCAUCCUCAUCCAGAACUCCCAGAAAGGGAAGUUCUCCCUGGAGAAAUGUAAGUUGAAGUUCCCGUCCGUGGCCGAGCUGAUUGAAUACUACACGGACUCGCAGGACGAGCUGCCGUGUCCGCUGAGCUCUGCCAGGGUGAACCACUGCUACGAGUGGGAGGAGGCCGCCGGCACACAGCGCGCCGCCAGGCUGAGUCCCAGAAAAAGCACCCAAAGACGGGAGUGGAUCUGACCCGUCCUGACGCCCCCGGAGGCUCACACAGGGACACUCUCUCAUGUCACACGUCUGUCACAUUUGACCUUUAAAACACGAGCUGGGAGGAAGCCCCAGAGUCCGAGUGUCGGUUCUCAUCCCGUCUUUACGGUGCGUUCAGGUACCUUUUCGUGUCGGCUCUUCCUGCUUGCUGCUGUGACGUAUUUUUAUAUGUGCCUCUAUGGUAUCAGACAUGUUUUUAAAUUAAUACUCCAUAACUCUAGACAGCGGAAAGUUUUGAUCAAACCUGGUUAUCGACCUCAUUUUUAACGACCGUGUUUGCUUGGUAAACAGUAAUGUGGUGACGACAGUUCUCGUCUGUUUUUCUUAUGUUUGUAAUGUGCAAUUAUAUUUUUUAACAAUGUGAAAUAUUUUUUAUGGCUCUGAGAAUUUUUGUGCAUCAAAGCACUAAUAAAGCCUUUUACUGUUAAAUCUGUAAAAUUACCCACCUUGUGCACACCUUCAAAAUAAAAGGUCAUGCUGCUUUUGACGAUC